AUGGAGGUGCACUCAAAGGACGGGCUUGUGGCCCCCAGCCUCUGCCAGCAGAGCUUCCCUGACGCAGCCAGUUAUCGGCAGCAUCACAAUGUGCACCACAGGGCUCAGGGCCCCUAUCAACAAAGUCCAGAUGAACCUGUAGAUAACCACCCCUGCUGGGACUCAGGAAUAAAUCAGACUGUGGGGAUGGACGAGAUGCACAAGCAGGUUCCACCACCUGUGUCCCAUAUUCCAGGAAGCAUCACUAAUUUAAAGAAGAGCAACGACGCCGUGUGCACAGAGGAGAAGAGCCACGUCUGCGAGCACUGCGGCCGCACUUAUCGCCAUGCCGGCUCCCUCCUCAACCACAAAAACAGUCACAAGACAGGUUCCUUCUUCUGCUCCGUCUGCCACAAAGAGUUCACCAACCUGAUGGCUCUCAAGAACCACCGGCGCAUUCAUACAGAGCCCAAGCGCUACCAGUGUCUGGAGUGUGGAAAAGCGUUCCGUGUGUCCACGCAGCUCAUAUGUCACCGAAGGAUCCACACCAAAGAGAAGCCCUUCACCUGCCUGCUGUGCAACAAGACCUUUUCCAGCAAGUCUAACCUGCGACACCAUCAGAAGAUGCACCAGAACACCCAGACCUACGACUCCUCUUUUAGCAUGGAUGCUAACACAUUUAUGGAUCUGGACAUGGAGUCUUUCCUUUAAAGUAGUACUCCAGCGUGUACCAGAGAAGAGGACAGGUGGUACUUUUAUGCACCUGUUAUUUAUUCCUUUAUCAAUAAUUGUAAAGCAGUAUUUUUUCAGAAAGUGCUCCUUGGUCCUGACAGAAGCUCCUUUAAAGAUGCACAUUUCAUUACAGUCUUACCUCCACAACAGACGGCGACGGCACUGAAAAGUCUCGAGAGAGUUUAUCGGUCAGCUUUUAAUAAGGCCUGAAUGUUUUCCAUGAAUACACAGGAUGCCAGAAUACAGGGCAGGUGAUGAAAACAUUAGUCGCUGCUCGCUUCUCAAUGACAAACCAACCAACCAAAGUGAACAGAAAGGUGCAGCAAAAUGUAUUUUCAAGACCGUACUGUUCUAACAAUAAUCUCUCUUACUAUGUGUAAUUGUGUUCAGUGCCUUUGUAAAUUCAUUAGGAGACAAGAUAUACAAACUGUAUUUAUCUUUGAAUCUUUUUGCUUUGCCGUCAGUGAUAAAAGACUGCUCACUUUCCUUUGGGAUUUCACAUAGGGCAAGCCUGUUAUUAAGUCAAAUACCUCUGGGUUUGUCCAAAGGUCAGUGGCAAAGUGAUUUACUGAAAUCAUAUUACCAAGUAAAUAGUCUCACUGCUAAUGCUAUUCACUCUGAGUGACAUUGUAAGCUAAAAUUGAUCUAUUUAUUAAUUUAUCCCUCUUAUUUUCUGUGCAUAUUUUAUUAGAACAGUGUAAAGACUCUCUAAAACUCAUGUAGCCUUUUAGAACUCCAUCGGUCAACGUGUUUUCUGUUACAACAGGUAAGAAGAUGUGAACCAAGGAUGGUGUGUUCUUGGCAGCACUCAGGGGAAACCUUCAAAAGGUGCAUACCUGAUGCGUAAAACAUUGUAGAUAAUGUUUCUGAACUGAGCAUUGUGCCAAUUCAGCACGCUUAUAUUUAGUUGCGGCUCCACAUGCAGUGCAUGCUGUAACCCAUAUUGAUCCUUCGAGAUGCAUCAGUUACGUUGUAGUGCCAGUGCCUCAAAUGUAAGUCAAUUGUAGCAGUUUAAUGUCAAUUUGUUAUACUGUUAAAAAAAAAACAACCCAGUUUUUUAAAACUUCUAAUUAGUCUAUUCAGCGAGAAACAUUUUAAGGCAGUUGAUAAAAGUUUUGCUAUCUUGAGGUGAAAGUGAUUCCUUUUUGCUUCUGUGUCUAUGAAAUUUUUCUCCUUCACAAAUGCUGUAAAGUAUAUUAAUCAAAUAGAAUGACUCUGCAUAUGUAUUUUCAAGCUGACAAAUAUGUGGUCAAAAUGCCUCAUGUCUACCAAGGACAAGUAUUACUAGAAACAUACUAAAGCUUUAUGGACUUACAACACCGAACCAGUUUCAUCGUCACAGUCCAAGUUCAUGAACCACUUUUGUUUUGUGAAAAAUGUGAAAUUAUUGGUUAUCUAGGUCCUUUUUUGCCACGAUGUCUAAUGCACCCGUUGUUCUUAGGUGGGUUCUUUUCACAGAUUCUAGCAAAAUGACAUUUGUUUUAAUAACAGCAUUAGAUUUUGUUUAUGCCUUACACAUUACAUUUCGUGUAUGAUUAUGUUUGGCACUGGUCAGAAGUAAGAAAUACCUCAUAGAAAGCCCUGCCUCCCAGGCAACUGCUACUUAAUGCCUCAUACAGCUUAAUUGUAGAGAAUACAAUGUAAUCUUAUAGAUUUAUCAGUUAUAAGACCGAAUGAAUGAAGUGUUAUGGCUUUAUUUAGUAGUUUUCAGAAGCUCCUUUUCAUCAUAACAUGGUUGUUUCUCUGCAGGGUCUUGUUUUCAGAUUUCUAUUUGCACACGUGUAGUUGAGACACUUGUAGCCCAAGGAGGACAGGAGGUCUAUAAUAAUGCAGCUUACCUGUUAUUUGUUUGGGUGACAACAGACAACGAGGUAGCUGCUGAGCUAGUUUGCGGGUCAUAAUAUUUAAGCAAUAUGCUGAAAGUAUUGUUUCAGUGCAUGAACUGAGUAGAUUCUGUUUGUUUCAGAUUCAGAAUACAGAUGAUAGCCUCAAAAAACCAUUUGCCAUUUUGUUACAUUAUUUAAACUUAUGUGCUAACUGUAUGAUUUUAGAAGAUUACUGUAAUGUAUUUUCAUAUGCCAUGGUAGCCUACAUGUACAACAUGUACAUUUCAGUUAAAACUGUAAACGGGUUUAUUUUUGUAUAGCCUUCACUUUCUUGUUUCCUGUGGCACUUCAUUGAUCACAAUCACAGCCUGGUAUUUGUGGUGUGUGUUAAACUCAGAGCUCUUUCUGUAAAUAUUAGAAGGAAAAUAUGGUUUGGAUCUCCAUAAAUUUAUGACAAUUUUUCU